GCAAAUAUGUUCUAAACGGAAGUGCGUCUCGAUUCAUUUCGUCAUCAACACGCGACUUUCGAGCACGCAGACGAGUGUUUUCUCGCGAACAGACAGGAUAAAGGAAGAUGCCAGCUCAGGAGGAAGAGGAGGAUAGAAGGUCGACAACUCAUGAGGAAGAGGAGGACAGAAGGUCGACAACUCAGGAGGAAGAGGAGGACAGAAGGUCGACAACUGAAGAGGAAGAGGAGGACAGGAAGCAGACUGUUGAGGAGGAAGAGGAGGACACAAUCAGAGAUGAUGGCGAUGCAGUAGAAAUAAAGCAGAAAAAGAGAACUCUUAAAGGGGCAGCACUGACUUCUUCCUCAGACAGGAAGUGUGUUCCAGGGAUUUUGUACCUGGGUCACAUUCCUCCGAGAUUCCGGCCUAAACACCUGAGGAACCUGAUGUCCGUCUACGGCGAGAUUGGACGGGUUUUCCUGCAACCCGAAGACGGCGAGGUCAAGAAGCGGAAGAGGAAGGCUGGGUCAAGGAGGUGCGACUUCACAGAGGGCUGGGUUGAGUUUCGGGACAAACGCGUGGCCAAGCGAGUGGCGGCGUCUCUCCACAACACUCCCAUGGCCACAAGGAAACGCCAGACAUUCACGUCAGACCUGUGGUGCAUCAAGUACCUGCACAGGUUCCAAUGGACUCACCUGAGCGAGCGUCUGGCCUACGAGCAGAUGGUUCUAAAGCAGCGCCUGCGGACUGAAGUGUCGCAGGCCAAGAGGGAAACCAACUUCUACCUGGACACCGUGGACAAGAGCGCUCAUAUGGACAAAGUGAGGAAGAGAAAGAAGGAUGACGCACAGCAGGUGGAGGAGCGCACCUGGGACUUCACACAGCGACAAACAGAGGAGGAGAUCCAGAAGAAGAAGAAGAAACGAAAAGACGCAAUUAGCCAGAAGCAGCAGGACAAGGACCGCCUCCACCAGCACAAGAGCCAAUCAAAUGUCUCCUUGCUGGCAAAGAUUUUUAACAGCCAUCAGCCUUAGCAUCUUUCUGUACAAUAAAUACUCCUGUCAGUUUGACUUACACAGGCUUUUAUUUUGAAGAGCAGUGGACUAUAUGAACCUCCUGUAGGGGGCAACAGUGAGUUUGCGACAUAAAGUCACGUGCCGUCAGAUUAUGUUGCUGGAAGGACAAGAAUAUAUUUCUCUUGGCUGUAAAGAUACAAAGUGUAGGGAAAAAUAAAAUAAUUUU